GUCCCCCCCCCCCCGGUCCUGGUUCUCAGAGUCCCCUCUCAUCCAUGGGGUGGAUCCUCCCACUCCUGAUCCUCGAGUGUUCUCGGUGUGAGUCCUCCUAUACCUGCUUCCUGCGAAUCCCUGGUUCGAGUCCUCCCAUCCCUUCCCUGCUCAUCCCUAGUGUGCGUCCUCCACGGUUCUCUCUCUCCAAACCCCACUGGCUUUCUCGAUCCCCAGGGCCUACAGCUUGCCCAAGGGUGGGCAGGUAGCUCCAGGAGCCACAGCACUGGAAAUGAAUGAUGCGGGGUUUUGCUCAUUGGGAUACACAGGUUACUGGCAUCCAGCGUCUCUGGGGACCCCUGCGACCUAACUUCGUAACUGGAAAAAGUUUCCUCUGGCAGUGCACACGGGUUUGUGACGCUGCAUUAUUGCGUUAGUGCAGGGCUGGCGCUGUUACUCCUGUGGUUGUGGUAUUUCUUGAUCAUCCCCGAGGUUUGCUUUGUUGUAUUAUACACUUAACGGUUUUGCCUUCUAGUUUUUAUUGUGUAACUUUUAUCUCGAUAAAAAUGACCCUCGGAUAUCUAAGAAAUUAGCAACUGUCUUAAAAAUUUACAGAAGCAAUUGAACGAGUAAUAUAGGGCAGUGAGGAGUGGUCUUAGUUCCGAGACGGGGAACUGCUCUUGUUUCCUUCUCUUUCCCGAUUGUCUUGAAUGAUGGCUGUGGAGGACUUGUUUGAAACAGGAAACCCCUGUACUAAUGUGGAAUGUGGUGUGCUGCCCAUGCGCAGUGCUUUCUGAACCGCACAGUUCCCUAGCAAGCCAGAAUUGGGUAGGAUGGUACAGGAGUCGAAUAGAAACCCACCCAGAGUAUCAGUCCGCCACGUUCCCCAACCUGGAUAGGCGUAAGUGAUGUAGUCUGUGGAUCUUAGUACAGUCUACUGACUGUAGCUAGUCAUGAAAUAUUGUGCACAUCAGUGAGACUGAGUCUCAACGGUUUUCAUUUUUUUAAUGGCAUGUAUCUGGGGUGAGGAGUAAGUUAAUUAGCUUUAUUUCAUCAUUCCAUAUUUCAUUUAAAAAAACAACAGAACAAUGGGGCUGGCGCCAUGGCUCAGCAGGUGACAGGUGCUUCAUGUGCAGAGGGCCCAGGUUCAGUGCCCAGGGCCCAUAGCUGUGCUAUACCUGCCUCUAACUCCAGCUUCAGGGGAUCCAGUGCCUCUGGGUGCCGACACUCGGGUGCACAUACCUGUCCCUCCCCACGUGUGCGUAAUUAAAAUAAUAAAAACAAGUCUUUAAAAAAUGAAAAUGGUUCAAAAGUCAGACUGCACGAUGACCGUGUGCCCUUUUAAUGUCUGCAUGUAAUUUGUCGGUGUAUAAAUUGAUGAGCCGUUCCACUCCCCCCUUUUCAGUAACAGACCGGGCUCGCUGGCAUCAGAACUUCUCUUGCUGGCCGUUCCCUUAAACACCACUGUUUGCAACCUUUUCUGUCGUGGAAUGGAACUGAGUUUCCAAGUAUUUUGAAUCAGAUUUUGACUUCUGCUGGUACAAAGUGAACCACAUACAUACACACAUGAGGCUGUUUGAAGUAGGUGCCUCUUAAGGCUUUUAUUGGAAUAUUUAAAAGGGCUGAAGAGGUGGCUCGGUGGGUACAGAGCUAAGCCUGAGGACCUGAGUUCAAAUCCCCCCAAACCUGUGUAAAACUCUCGUCUCAGCCCUCCUACUGGGGGAGGGGAGGCAGAGACAAGAGACUCCCCAGAAGCUAGUCUCUUCUAUGGGGCAGGGAAAAAAAUGAAAAAGCAAGAGACCCUGUUUUCGACAAGGUGAAAGACCAGGACACACACCCGACACUGUCCUCUGACCUCCCCAGGCCCUGGGGCACGUGUCUGCCAACAUUUCACACACACAUUUGUUUGCUCAAAGAUAAGAAAUGUUUAAAAGUUAAAAGUCCACCAUUGUUAUCUAGAAGUAGGUAUUGGUUCAUCAUGAUUUGAUGAUUUGACCAUCAAGCUGAUGAAGCACUGUUCAGUACUUGGAAUCGGCAUUCCGAAGACAUUUCUAGUUCCACACUUGGAGAAUUAAAAUUAUUAUGAAAUCAAUAACAACUUUUCAAUCUUCUCAGGACAUGGAGUAGACAGUUUCCCUCAGGAAUAUGACUGGACACUGCCUGGUUCAGUGUUUUAUUCUAAGCACAUGAGCCCAGCCUGCUGCCCAGAAACCACACGCAGCCCAGGACAGACAGCCAUGAAUACAGCUCAGCACUGUGUAGAAGAUGCUGUUAGAAGGUUGCACACUUCUGAGUCCAUGCCUCCUUGCGCCCCAAGGAAAACGAACUAUAGAACGUUUGUGCUGUGGCUUCUGGAGGAGAAAGUGGUUGGGAUCUGUGGAAGCGUGCAGCAUUGUGAUGACAUACAGGGUAGUUCCAGCGACAGGGCGGGCUUCAUUUCAGUCCUGACACUGAGGAGGGCAAAUAUAGCUUUGCAUGUGGCCACUUGUAUGUGGUGUUUUCUGAACUGGGGGCGGAGAGUGUUCUGCCCACCACCAUGAAGUUGCUGUGAUCAGGCCAGCUUUUGGCCUCUGUUUUUCAGGUCUGUGAAGCCUGACAACUAAAGUCUGUGGUGCCUUCAUUGUGUAGACAGCCAUGGAGACACUCUAAUGUCCCUUGAUUGCUCUCCUGUCCUGAGAAGCUGUAAGGAAUCCACAGUGCCCAGCAGAUGAGGGCAUUGAGCAUUUGCUGUGGUGGUUCCUGGAAAAUAAAAAUUAAUUUUGUGGCCCACAGUGUAAUCCUUCUGGACAAGGCUGCUGCAAGGCUUGUAUUUAUUUUGUAAAAGAUGGAGCGAGAGCCAGAAAAUGGAGAACCUGCUGAGAUUAAGAUCAUCAAGGAAGCAUACGAGAAGGCCUUCUUGUUUGUUAAUAAAGGACUGAACACAGAUGAGUUAGGCCAGAAGGACGAAGCAAAGAACUACUACAAGCAAGGAAUAGGACACCUGCUUAGGGGCAUCAGCAUCGCGGCCGCAGAGCCAGGGUGCACAGGCCCUGCCUGGGAGUCUGCCCGACAGAUGCAGCAGAAAAUGAAGGAAACACUUCAGAACGUCCGCACCAGGCUAGAGAUCCUAGAGAAGGGCCUUGCCACAUCUCUACGGAAUGACCUUCAGGAUGUGCCCAAGUUAUACCCAGAGUUCCCUCCUAAAGACACAUGCAAGAAGUUCCCAGAGCCAGAGUUGGUUAGUUCAGCCCCCCAGCAUGCUGAAGUGGACGGGGGCACCUCUGCUGCAGGGGCCACUGGUGCUGGGCCUUCUGCCGGGCCCUCACCUUCGCCCAGCUGCCCCGCGGAAGCGCCCCCAGCCUACACCCCCCAGGCUGCCGAGGGUCAUUACACUGUUUCCUAUGGGACAGACUCGGGGGAGUUUUCAUCGGUGGGAGAAGACUUCUACAGGAACCAUACCCAGCCGCCCCCUCUCGAGACCUUGGGGCUCGACGCAGACGAACUGAUUUUGAUACCAAAUGGUGUGCAGAUCUUUUUUGUAAACCCUGCGGGAGAGGUUAGUGCUCCGUCAUACCCUGGGUACCUGCGCAUCGUGAGGUUCCUGGACAAUUCUCUGGAUACGGUUCUGAACCGCCCUCCUGGGUUUCUUCAGGUGUGUGACUGGCUGUACCCUCUGGUUCCCGAUAGAUCACCGGUUCUCAAGUGCACCGUGGGAGCCUACAUGUUUCCAGACACCAUGUUACAAGCGGCGGGGUGCUUUGUGGGGGUGGUUCUGUCAUCUGAGCCCCCAGAAGAUGACAGGGAGCUGUUUGAGGAUCUGCUGAGGCAGAUGUCUGACCUUCGGCUCCAGGCAAACUGGAAUAGAGCAGAAGGAGAAGAUGAAUUCCAAAUCCCUGGGAGAGCAAGUCACCCCUCUGAGCCACGGAAGGAAGCUUCUGGCACCGAUGUCAGGCAUUCGGGUUCUUCAGGUUCUUCACUAGACCAAGGCAGCAAGGAUGCACGCCAUAAAGGAAAGCGUGGGAAAAAGACUAAAGAUACUUCAAGUGAAGAAGUUAAUUUGAGUCAGAUCGUGCCCUGUGAGCCACGUUCAGAAGAAAAAGCCAAAGAACUACCUGAAUGGAGUGAGAAGGUGGCCCACAACAUUCUGUCAGGUGCUUCCUGGGUGAGCUGGGGUUUAGUCAAAGGUGCUGAAUUUACUGGUAAAGCAAUCCAAAAAGGUGCUUCUAAACUCCGAGAGCGCAUUCAACCAGAGGAGAAACCCGUGGAAGUGAGUCCGGCUGUCACCAAGGGCCUCUACAUAGCGAAGCAGGCAACUGGAGGGGCAGCCAAGGUCAGCCAGUUCCUGGUUGAUGGCGUCUGCACGGUAGCAAAUUGCUUUGGCAAAGAGCUCGCCCCACAUGUCAAGAAGCAUGGAAGCAAACUCGUUCCGGAGUCUCUCAAGAGAGACAAAGACGGGAAAUCCACUCUGGAUGGCGCCAUGGUCGUGGCAGCAAGUAGUGUUCAAGGAUUUUCAACUGUCUGGCAGGGCUUGGAGUGUGCGGCUAAAUGCAUCGUCAACAAUGUGUCUGCAGAAACCGUACAAACUGUCAGAUACAAGUACGGGCACAAUGCAGGAGAGGCUACACACCACGCAGUGGACUCCGCUCUCAACGUCGGCCUCACUGCCUACAAUAUCGACAACAUCGGCCUCAAAGCCAUCGUGAAGAAGACUGCCAAGCAGACGGGACACACUCUCCUGGAGGACUAUCAGAUCAUCGACAGCUCGCAGAAGGAAGGCCGAGGAGGAGCAGCAAGCACAGACGUGAGAAGAAACAUGGAAAAGCGGACGGAGGAAGAGGAGGAGGAGGAGAAGAAGAAAGGGGCAAAGAAGAAAGAUAAAUAACCAGAGUUCUGGGAGUGACCUACACCAAAGCCUUACAGAUGGACGAAUGUGAACAGCAGAUGUGGAUUCUCCACACAAGGACCAGUGCUUUCAGUGUGUUCAUUGCUACAGAGUGACUGUCGGAAGUUUGGGGCAUGUAUCCACUUAACAAGAAAAAUAAUCAGUAUUCUUACAUCUGGUUCUAGAAAUAUGCAGUUUAUAGUCUCAAUACAUUUAUUUUCCCUUAAAUGUGGCUAAACUAUUUUUGCAGUUAAAAUAAAGCUUAUAAUAUAUGUAACUUAAACCUAAUGUCAAUCUAUUUUUAUAUGUGCUAGCCUUCAGAAAGCAAAGUAGGAAACCUAUACAUACGAUUUCACAGCCACAUGAAUUCUGUUUAUGCUGAGAAAGAAUGACUUAAUGACUUAAAAAAAAAGACUCCUCUUUUUUGCACUAAUUGUGGAUCUUUGAGAUACCCAAAAGAAUUUUCAGCAUAUAAGCUAAAUGAAACCAUGAUAUCAAAGAGUGAUCUCAGAUAACAUUGUAGAAGGCUUUCUUAUGCAGGAAAGAGCCUGGCCAUGAGAGUGUCAUGAACUUCUGUAAUGUUAUCUCUUAUUUGCUAGAUCUCCUACCUACUGGGAACCAAAAUGGCCUUUUGAUUUAAACUGAAGAAAAUGCUUCUUCCUGUCUUUAGGAUUGAGAGUAGGUCAUUUGUCGAUAGAGUGAUUUUCAUUAAUUCUUUGAGAAUUUUGUACAUGCAUGAAAUAUGUUUUGAUUAUAUUCUCUCCCUAACUCCUCCCAGGUCCACCCUUCACCUCUCCUCCCAACUUCAUGUUCUUAUGUUUUAAACAACCCAUGAGUAGUCUGUCUGUGCUGCUCACAUGCUCAUGGGGUGUGGGGUACUCCCCUGGAGCAUGGUUUAUCUCCAGGGACCACACCCCUAAAGAAACUGACUCUCCCUCCCCAGAAGCCAUAACUGUCAAUGGCUCCUUGGCUAGGGCUUGUGAGACGCUUCCCAUUCCAUGCUGGGAUGUUGACUAGUUUGUCUUGUGGAGGCGGCCUCAGUUGCUGUCAGUUUGUGGGUACAUAGGGUCCUGUCACAUCCAGAAGAUGUCAGUUCAUCCAGUAUUCCUGGACGUCUGAUUCAUUCACAGCCUUGCCCCAUGUUCCCCGAGCCUUGUGGGGAGGGGUGUGGUAUAGACUAGGAAAUUUUGAAGUAUGAUUGAUAUUCUAUUAAAAUUUGAAAUGGUUGUUAUUGGCUUUAAGGAAUCACUUGUCCAUGUCUGCAUCUGUAAAUUUCUCCUAAAUUUGCAGAAAAUAAAACAUAAACAUUGCAUUUAUUGAUAGUGUAGAUUUUUACUCAGUCAUUAGAGUUUAUACUAAAAGCCAGUAAGUGAUUUAAAAGGGAGGAACCUGUUCAUAUCAAGGUAAAGAAUAUGGAAUCCUUUAGUGGGUAGUCCCCACUUCCACAGAAGGCAGGAAAGACGUUUGCUGAUUUUUUUAAAGCUACAAAUAGACAGUAAAAUACUCCAUGAUUAUUUUAAUUUUUGUUGAUUUUUAAAGGUUGAUUUUGGUUUUUAUAGUUAUAGUCUGUUGUAAUCAUUUCUGAACCUGUAGUUGACUAACUUACAGAUUUCAUUUGAAAUUGGUUAAUGAAUGUGCUUUGAGAAUAAAAUGGUCUCUGAA